UUCUGACAAGCCUGGGCAUAGGAAGGUCCGGAAGGAGACUGGCUCGUCCCUUCUAUUGUGCUGCGCAUACUGCAGCCGGGCACUUGCGUGUGUUGUAGGGUAGUGACUGCUCAUCCUUAUCUCUCCCAGCGGCCCUCAGGCAGCCGAACCACGGCCCGCGAACUGUGCCCAUAAGAAGGGAGCGGGAGGUGCCAGGGAAGAGCUGCUCCUGCAGUGGCUGCGACGAUGCCGAGCGUCAGUCUCCCGCCUAAAGAGAAUGCACUCUUCAAGCGCAUACUGAGAUGUUAUGAACACAAGCAAUAUCGAAAUGGGUUAAAGUUUUGCAAACAGAUCCUCUCCAAUCCCAAAUUUGCAGAACAUGGAGAAACCCUGGCAAUGAAAGGAUUGACUUUAAACUGCCUUGGGAAGAAAGAGGAUGCCUAUGACCUUGUUCGCAGGGGCCUGAGGAAUGAUCUGAAGAGCCAUGUCUGCUGGCAUGUGUACGGUCUCUUGCAAAGAUCAGACAAGAAGUACGAUGAAGCCAUUAAGUGUUACAGGAAUGCACUGAAAUGGGAUAAGGACAAUCUCCAGAUCUUGAGAGACCUCUCCUUGCUGCAGAUUCAGAUGAGGGACUUGGAAGGUUACAGGGAAACCAGGUACCAGUUACUGCAGCUAAGGCCUGCACAGAGAGCCUCUUGGAUUGGAUAUGCGAUUGCUUACCAUUUGCUUGAAGAUUAUGAAAUGGCUGCAAAAAUACUGGAGGAGUUUCGUAAAACCCAGCAGACUUCGCCAGACAAAGUGGACUAUGAAUACAGUGAGCUACUUCUUUAUCAGAAUCAAGUUCUCAGAGAGGCAGAGCUCUAUAAAGAAGCUCUGGAUCAUCUUUGCACCUAUGAAAAGCAAAUCUGUGAUAAGCUAGCUGUUGAAGAAACAAAAGGAGAUUUGCUGCUACGUUUAGGACGGCUUGAUGAGGCUGCGGAAGUGUACAGUGCAUUGCAGGACCGAUGCCCUGAAAACUGGGCAUAUUACAAGGGUUUAGAAAAGGCACUUAAACCAGAAAGUAUGGAAGAAAGACUGAAGAUUUAUGAAGACAGCUGGACAAAAUAUCCCAGAGGAUUAGUGCCAAGGAGACUGCCUUUAAACUUCUUAGCAGGUCUAAAAUUUAGAGAGUGUCUGGAUAAAUAUUUGAGGAUGAAUUUUAGCAAAGGAUGCCCUCCAGUAUUUAAUACUUUGAGAUCAUUAUACAGCGAUAAAGAAAAGGUAGAGAUUAUUGAAGAUUUAGUUGUUGGUUAUGAAACAUCCUUGAAAAGCUGCCGUUUAUUUAACAUCAAUGAUGAUGGGAAAGAAGAGCCACCAACAACUUUACUGUGGGUACAGUACUACUUGGCACAACACUAUGACAAAAUUGGCCAGCCAUCAAUUGCUCUGGAAUAUAUUAACGCUGCAAUCGACAGCACACCAACUCUUAUUGAACUGUUCCUUGUCAAAGCUAAAAUUUAUAAGCAUGCUGGAAAUAUAAAAGAAGCUGUCCGAUGGAUGGAUGAGGCACAGGCACUGGAUACAGCUGACCGAUUUAUCAAUUCUAAAUGUGCAAAAUAUAUGUUAAAAGCAAACUUAAUUAAAGAGGCUGAAGAAAUGUGCUCAAAAUUUACAAGGGAAGGAACGUCAGCUGUGGAGAAUCUAAAUGAGAUGCAAUGCAUGUGGUUCCAAACAGAAUGUGCACAAGCUUACAAGUCCAUGAAUAAAUAUGGCGAAGCACUUAAAAAAUGUCAUGAAAUUGAAAGACAUUUUGUAGAAAUUACAGACGACCAGUUUGAUUUCCACACUUACUGUAUGAGAAAAAUUACACUCAGGUCAUAUGUGGACUUAUUAAAAUUAGAGGAUGUACUAAGGCAGCAUCCAUUUUACUUCAAGGCUGCACGGAUUGCGAUAGAAAUUUAUCUGAAACUUCAUGAUAAUCCUUUAACAGAUGAGAAUAAGGAACAUGAGGCUGACACAGCCAACAUGUCUGACAAAGAGCUAAAGAAACUACGUAACAAACAACGGAGAGCGCAAAAGAAAGCACAACUGGAAGAGGAGAAAAAAAAUGCUGAAAAAGAAAAGCAGCAGAGAAACCAAAAGAAGAAAAAGGAAGAUGAUGAUGAAGAGAUUGGAGGACCGAAGGAAGAGCUUAUACCAGAAAAGUUAGCUAAGGUUGACAAUCCUUUGGAAGAAGCUAUUAAAUUUUUAACACCUCUUAAGAACUUGGUAAAGAACAAAAUAGAAACACAUCUUUAUGCCUUUGAAAUCUACUUCAGGAAAGAAAAGUUUCUUUUGAUGCUGCAGUCUGUGAAGCGAGCGUAUGCAAUAGAUCCAAACCAUCCUUGGCUUCAUCAAUGUCUUGUCCGAUUCUUUUGUGCAGUUUCUGAAAGUAAAGAACUAAACGAAUCCGUUCGAACAGUGUUAAAGCAAGAAAUGUGCAGACUUUUUGGAGAAACAAGCCCAGCAAAUUUUAAUAAUUCCUUCCUGAAAAAACAUACCAACUCUAUACCACACCGAUUAGCAGCUGCCAAAAUGAUGUACUAUCUGGACCGUUCAAGUCAAAAACGAGCAGUAGAGCUGGGGACAGGAUUGGAUGAAUCGCUCAGUAACCAAAGUCUCCAGACGUGCACUGAUGUUCUGGAAGGCUUGCGAGACGGCAGUUUAGGAGAAAAGGAGGCUGCAGAAUGUUAUCGAGUCAGUUGCCACAAGCUCUACCCUUACGCUUUAGCUUUCAUGCCUCCUGGUUACGAAGAAGACAUGAGUAUCACAAUUAAUGGAGAUAGCUCUGCUGAAACAGAAGAACUGGCUAAUGAAAUGUGAAUAGCUGAUAAAGAACAGACAUUGGACCAUAUCAACUAUCUAAUAUUUUUGUCACGCACCUGCUGUAUCGCUCUGUAACUUAUGUGGAGAAUGAAAGGAGUAAAAGAAUUGUUGCCUUUAAA